UCCAGUUCCAAUAUUUCCCUCCAGGAACAACAUUUUUUAUUCAUAUUAGAAGAUUAAUAUAUUAUAAAUCAUGAUAAUCAUUUUGUAAUUUAAGUCAGAUAUUAAGAGGAGUGUGACUAGCAACCCCAGGAUGCCCUGGAGAAACUGCUGUUCAGUGCUCUUUUUGCUGAUUAUCACCUUGCAUCAUGGAACUUGCAGACCUCAAGAUAAAGAAGAAGAUUAUACCGAAGAUACUGAAUAUGCAGACGACGUGCUCCCAGAAGAAUACUAUAUAGGAAAGUUAGACACCAAGGGGGCUAUGAAAAUGAAACACCACCAAUCUUCAGGUUCUGAGGAUAAUGAUUCCAGUCAGAUAGAAGAACCACCUCCUGAAGAGAACUUCAAGAUUUCAGAUUACAAAGAUAAGCCUGUUGUUGAAGACUCAGCUGAAACAAGUGAAGACGAAACUACCCAGGGAACUAAAAAAGAUCAUAAGAGGAAAGAUAUCGAAAUCAAAGAGACAACCAAAUCUCAGUCUGCUGAAAGUAAUGAUGAAAGCACUAAAAAAUCAACAGAUGAAGUUAAUGAUGGAAAAACUGAUGCAGAUGAUGAAUUACAAGCUUUUCUCGAGGAAAUGAGAAGAUAUCAGAAAGUUGAUGACACAACUGAGGCAACAGUAGAUAACAGGAGUGAGAAAUCAGCAAACAACAAAUCUCUGACUCAAAACAAUGAAACUGCAACUGAAAAAGUUUUAACAGAUGAAAGCACUUCCGAUGUUAACAGCGCUGAAACUACUACAAACACAAAUAAUUCUGUUGAAAUAGAUGAAACAUCAGAAGGUUCUGCAAUUAAAAAGACAUCAACUAUUAACAAUACCGAUGAAACCAGUGAAAAAUUAACCAAUACUACUGCCACAACAACAGGAACUGAAACAAAUGCUGAGGAAACUAAAUUAACAACUAAAAGCUCUGUAGUUAAAAAUAGAACAACUGAGAAACAAGGUACUGCAAAUAAUAAUGAAAACACAACCAAAUUAGCAAAUGAGAAGACAACAAAAAAGGCAAACAUAACUGACAGCAUUGAUGCUAACAGCACUGAAACCAAUAUGGAUGAUAAGAUAACUGGCUUAACAACAGACGUUUCUGCAAUCAAAAAUGUAACAACAUUGUUGACCAGUACUUAUGAAAGCACUGAAAAAUCUACCAAUUCAAAUGUUAAUAAGAAAACUGUAAAAACAACAAGUACUGAAAACAAUGAUGAAGAAACAACCAACAAAGAAAAUAUAAAGGUAACUACAGAUGGAAAGGUUAUUGGUGACAGCACUGAAACCCAGCUGGAUAAAAAUUAUUCAGAGGAAACUAACUCAACAACAGCUAGUUCUGCAAUUAGGAAAGUAAAAACAUAUCUGAACAACACUUUUGAAAGCACUGAAAAAUCUAACAAUACAACUGAUAACAAUAACACUGCUUCUAAAACGGAAGCUGAAACAAACAAUAAACAAGUUACUGAAAAUAUUGAUGAUGCAACAAAAGAGGAAAACAUAACUGACAGCAUUGCAGCUUACAGCACUGAAACCAACAGGGAUAACAAUGAUGCUGAGAAGAUUAACUCAACAACAGAAGGUUCUACAAUCAUAACAGUAACCACGGACAAAUCUACCAUUACAAUAUACAAUGAGAAAACUGACACAAUAACUGAAGUAAAUAAUAACAUUGAUACUAACAGCACUGACACCCAUUUGAAUAAAAAUCAAGGUGAAGAAAGUAACUCAACAAUUGAAGGUCUUGCUCAAAGGAAUGCAACAACAUCAGCUGCCAAUUAUAAGGAAAGCACUAAAAAAUCUACCAAUAAUAAACAAACUACCAAAACAACAAAAACAUACGAGAAACCAGGUUUUCCAAAUGUGAAAUCAAAUAACAAGGAAACAACAGAGGCAACAGCAAUUAAUAGUAAUAAAUUAACAACUGAAAUAAAUAGAAACACAACUGAAACAGGAAAUGAAGGAAUUAAAAAUCAAAAUACAACAAGCAAAGAAAAUGAGACAAUAACUACAAAACCAAUAGAACCAAACAACCAUGAGAAGAAAUCAAAAAACCCCAAAGGUUAUGAUUCUGACCAAAAUGAUAACAGAGAACGUUCUAGAGCAAAAGACACCAAAGCACAAAUUUUAACUAUCUUCUUUAAAAUAAAAAAGUCUUCCAGUCAAACUACUUCUGAAAAUGUUUUAGAUCGGAAAACAGGGCUUACAUCUAAGAACAGCAACUAUGCAGCUGUGCUAGACAACUUUGGGCAACUCAAAAGAAUUAAGAGAGAAACUGAAAUCACCACGAAAAAAACUAUCAAUGAAUCAGCUGAUACAAAAAAAGAAACCACUGACAAAGUACAAAGAGGAUAUGCUAAAAAAUUGUCAGAUGAUGAAGAAGAAUCAGAUGCUGAUAAAGAAGAAUCAGAUGCUGAUGAAGAAGAAUCAGAUGCUGAUGAAGAAGAAUCAAAUGCUGAUGAAGAAGAAACAGAUGCUGAUGAAGAAGAAACAGAUGCUGAUGAAGAAGAAUCAAAUGCUGAUGAAGAAGAAUCAAAUGCUGAUGAAGAAGAAUCAAAUGCUGAAGAAGAAGAAUCAAAUGAUGACAAUGAAGAAGAAUCAAAUGAUGACAAUGAAGAAGAAUUAGAUGCUGAAGAAGACAAUUUAAAUGCUGAUAAAAAAGAAUCAAAUGCUGAAUAUGCAAAUGAAAAUAAAUCAAAUGACAAAAAGGAAGAUUUAGAUGGCAAUAAUAAGAAAUCUGAUGGCAAGGAUGAGAAAUCAGAUGCAAAUGAGAAAAAAACAGAUGGAAACAGGGUAGGAUCAGAUACUAAAGAAGAAGAAACAGAUGCUAAGAAAGGAGAAGCAGAUGCUAAUAAAGAAGAAUCAACUGCUAAUGAAGAGAUAUCAAAUGAAAAUGAAGCAGAAUUAGAUGGCGAAAAAGAAGAAUCAAAUGCCAAUAAAGAAGAAUCAGAUGUCAAGGAAGAAGAAACAGAUCAUAAGAAAGAAGAAGCAGAUGCUAAGAAAGAAGGCUCAGCUCCUGAUGAAGCAGAAUUGGAUGGUAAUAAAGAAGAAUCAGAUGCCAAGGAAGAAGAAACAGAUGCCAAGGAAGAGGAAACAGGUGCUAAGAAAGAAGAAAUAGAUGCUAAGAAAGAAGAAGCAGAUGCUAAUAAAAAAGAAUCAGCUGCUGAUGAAGAAUCAGAUGACAAUGAAAAGAAAUCAGAUGACAAUGAAACAGAAUCAGAUAGCAAUAAAGAAGAAUCACAUGCCAAUGAAAAAGAAUCAGAUAAUAAAAAACAAGCAUUAGAUGUUAAUGAAGAAGAAACAGAUCCUGAUGAAGAAGUAAAAGAGGACAAAGAAGAACUUAACAAAGAAUAUGAUAAAAAAAAAAUAGCAUUAGCAGGUAAUGCUACAGCAAGGGAUAUUUUAGCAGAACUUUUUUUAACAAACCAAACUUAUGCAACAAAUGACCAAACAGCAAAAACAACAGUUACAACUGAAAUUCAAGAUACAAAAAACAUAACUGAAGUACCAGAGAGUCAGAAAAUAGAAAAUACAACUCAGCAAUCAACUGAAACUACUGAUAAGGCUGAAAAUGUUAUUGAAGAAGCUGAGAGUGUAAAAUCAGAUGAUAAGUCUGGAAAUACAACUGUUACAGAGUCAAGCAUACAAAAUGUGAAUUCAACUGAAGCAAAUAAAAACACAAAUAGCUCAACAACAUUAACUGAUAAAGCAGAUAAAGCAAAUGCUACACAGGGAACUGAUGAUGUAGCAGCUAAAAAUGGAACUUCUGCAACAAAUGAAGAUAACUCUGAAACUAAUAAUGUUCAUGAAGACAAUUUUGAUAUCCUUUUUGGGGAUGAUGAUGAUGAUGACUUUGAUGAGAAUUAUGAAAUUCCUGAUUUCUUGCUUAGCAUAACAGCAGCCCCACCGCCAAACGUAACUUCACGUUAUGAUGAAACUUAUGUAGACCCCGGCAACAGUACAAGAGUGUUUACAGACUGGAGUGAUAUUGCAAAUGAAUCCACAAUUAUCGACUACCAGUUGACUACACCGAUGUAUGAAAAGAGCAUAACAAGAGUUGUUAGUACUACGGAAGAAAUAUAUGGUGACUAUGAUGAUGAAUAUGAUAGCGAUGAGUAUGAAGACGAUGAAGAUGAUGAAGACACUGACGCUGAUGCUGAUUAUGAAGAUGAGGACAGUGAUGAGGAUGAAGAUGCAGUGGAUGGUGAGGAGGAGGAUGUUGAGGAGGAGGAUGUUGAGGAGGAAGAUGACGAGGAGGAAGAUGACGAGGAGGAAGAUGACGAGGAGGAAGAUGACAUGGAGGAAGAUGAUGAUGACGAGGAGGAAGAUGAUUAUGACGAGGAGGAAGAUGAUGAUGAUGAUGAUGAAAACAAUGAAGACAAGGAUGACAAUGAAGAUAUAGAUGGUGGUGAUGAUGAUGAGGGUACAGAAAAGAAAGACAGUUUAGAAAAUGAAGAUGGUACAGGAGAUGAAGAGGAUUCAGCUGAGGAAGAAGAUGUAGAGGGUUCAAGUGAUGAAGAGGGUUCAAGUGAUGAAGAAGGUUCAGAAGAUGGUUUAGGAGAGGAAAGUUCUGACUAUGAAUUAGACAAGAACGAAUUGUAUGAAGAGGAACAUGAUGCACUGGAAGAGUUAGAUUAUUUUGAUGAUGAAAGCACAUCUAACAUCAAGAAGGAGAAAAGUGAAAAGAGCAAGGAUCUGUUAUCUAUUGCUGCCGAAUAUAUAAACAAAAUACAGUCGCAUGAGGAGCAGGGAAAAAAGUUUAUGAUAGAUAUACUCCCAAACCCAAACUACAAGAUGAUAAACAAGCCAUAUGUUUCUGAAUAUGAAUACGCGUAUCCUGGAGUUUGGAAUAACAAGUACACCAGUGAUUACAUGUACAGUGAACGGCAGUUGAUCAGACCUGAGGACUUAUACAAGCCAGAAGUCAUGUACACGCCUGAUGAUUACAGUCAGGAUAGUUUGUACCCUGUUUAUUCCCAGGAUCAGGUGCAGUACACCUAUGUAACCCCAGCUCGACAGCACACAACAAAAACGAAGAAAAAAAAGAGAAUCGGGAAGAUUAUUCCACUACUUCUUCAGAAAACAGGAAAAUAUGAUGGCACAGAAAAAUCCAUCAAGAAAGAAAUUGCUGACAAGAAUAAAAAGAUUAUAAAAUUAAUCUUAGGAGAACAAAAGGAGAAGGGAAAAAAUAUAAAAGAAAAAGAAGAAAAUGAAAACGACGAGGAAGGCGAGGGUGAAGAAAAAGACAGAAAUAAAGAAGAUGGUGAAAAAGAAAAUGGCGAAGAAGAUGGAGAAGGAAAAGUUGGUGAAGAAGAAAACGGCAAAGAAGAAGAUGGUGAAGAAGAAAUUGGAGAAACAGAAGAUGUUGAUGAAGAAAAUGGUAAAGAAGAUGUUGAUGAAGAAAAUGGAAAAGAAGAUGACUAAAUUCAUGAAGAGGAAUGUUACUUUUAUGCUAGAAAACAUUUCGCUAUUGUAUAAAACUGUAAACUUAUAUUUAAAAAAAAAUAACAAGCAUUUAUUAACAAGGUAA